AUGUCCGCCUCGGCUGUCUUCAUCCUCGACGUCAAGGGCAAGCCCCUGAUCAGCCGCAACUACAAGGGUGAUGUGGCCAUGAGUGAGAUCGAUCACUUCAUGCCUCUGCUAAUGCAGCGGGAGGAGGAAGGCGCGCUGACCCCACUACUGAGUCACGGACGGGUCCACUUCCUGUGGAUCAAAUACAGCAACCUCUACUUGGUGGCCACCACACUGAAGAACGCCAACGCCUCCCUGGUGUAUUCCUUCCUCUACAAGAUAGUGGAGGUAUUCUCUGAAUACUUCAAGGAGCUGGAGGAGGAGAGUAUCCGAGACAACUUUGUCAUCGUCUACGAACUGCUAGAUGAGCUCAUGGACUUCGGCUUCCCACAGACCACAGACAGCAAAAUCCUGCAGGAGUACAUCACACAGCAGAGCAACAAGCUGGAGACGGGCAAGUCACGAGUGCCACCCACCGUCACCAAUGCUGUGUCCUGGCGCUCGGAGGGCAUUAAGUACAAGAAGAAUGAGGUCUUCAUCGAUGUCAUAGAGUCCGUUAACCUGCUGGUCAAUGCCAACGGCAGCGUCCUGCUGAGUGAGAUCGUGGGCACUAUCAAGCUUAAGGUGUUUCUGUCGGGAAUGCCAGAGCUGCGGCUGGGCCUCAAUGACCGUGUACUCUUCGAGCUCACUGGCCGGAGCAAGAACAAGUCUGUGGAGCUGGAGGAUGUGAAAUUCCAUCAGUGUGUGCGGCUCUCUCGCUUUGACAAUGACCGCACCAUCUCCUUCAUCCCGCCCGACGGUGACUUUGAGCUCAUGUCCUACCGCCUUAGCACCCAGGUCAAGCCGCUGAUCUGGAUUGAAUCUGUCAUUGAGAAAUUCUCACACAGCCGCGUGGAGAUCAUGGUCAAGGCCAAGGGGCAGUUUAAAAAGCAGUCGGUGGCUAAUGGCGUAGAGAUAUCUGUGCCCGUACCCAGUGAUGCCGACUCCCCUCGAUUCAAGACCAGUGUGGGCAGCGCCAAGUAUGUGCCAGAGAAGAACAUGGUUAUUUGGAGCAUCAAGUCUUUCCCGGGGGGCAAGGAGUACCUGAUGCGUGCCCACUUUGGCCUCCCCAGCGUGGAGAAGGAGGAAGUAGAGGGCCGGCCCCCCAUUGGGGUGAAGUUUGAGAUCCCCUAUUUCACUGUCUCCGGGAUCCAGGUCCGAUACAUGAAGAUCAUUGAGAAGAGUGGUUACCAGGCCCUGCCCUGGGUCCGCUAUAUCACCCAGAGUGGCGAUUAUCAACUUCGUACCAGCUAG